GGGAUUAUUUUGUUAUUAUUCCGCUCCAGAUUUGAAAUUGAAGCAAGCAAUAAGAAACUCCAAUUUCGAUUUGCUCAAGCUGUUUUUAUUUUAUCACCAGUAAGAAAAAUCUCGGGGGAGCGUUAACUUUCUAUUUCUGAAUCCGAAAAUUGAAGCUUUUUUUUACCUUUUGGGCUCGGAAGAUGGAUCCGGAUGCAGUCAAGUCGACACUCUCGAAUCUGGCGUUCGGAAAUGUAUUGGCUGCAGCUGCUAGAGACUACAAAAAGGAAGUUCUUGCAAAUGAGAAGGCGCAAUCAUCAAACCCUGUCAAUGAGGAGGUUGAUCUUGAUGAACUUAUGGAUGAUCCAGAGCUAGAAAAACUGCACGCUGAUAGGAUUGCUGCACUCAAGAGAGAAGUUGAGAAGAGAGAAGCGUUUAAAAGACAAGGACAUGGUGAAUAUCGAGAGGUAAGCGAGGGUGAUUUCUUGGGGGAAGUCACCAGGAGUCAGAAUGUUAUUUGUCAUUUCUACCACAAGGAGUUUUACCGCUGCAAGAUUAUGGACAAGCAUCUGAAGACUCUUGCGCCUAGACAUGUGGAUACUAAGUUCAUUAGAGUGGAUGCAGAGAAUGCUCCUUUCUUUGUCACCAAGCUAGCAAUAAAGACCUUGCCUUGCGUUUUGCUCUUCAGCAAGGGAGUCGCCAUAGAUAGGCUAGUUGGGUUCCAGGAUCUAGGCACAAAGGAUGAUUUCACCACUACUAAACUUGAGAACGUUCUGAUUAAAAAAGGAAUGCUUAGCAAGAAGAAGAAAGAGGAAGAUGAUGAAGAUGCGGAAUACCAAGAGAGCAUAAGGCGUUCGGUUAGGUCUUCAGAGAAUCUUGACUCUGACUCUGACUGAUAAACCAAGCUUACAUCACAGAUUUGCAUUGCUGUUUGUCUCUGUUUUUACCUUUUUGCUCUUUUCUCAUAUGUUAUUAGGAAAUGAAAUUUCGAUAUAAUAUCCAAACUGUCAAAUGCUACAUGACUUUGUAAGCUGCUAUAUGUAAUGCACCAUGGUUAUUGUUGCUGAUACAUAAAAAAAUUGAACGGUUUGCUUAAA